UGAUUUUUCAUGGGCAAGUAUAAGAACGGAAAAAGAAUGUAGACUCCAUAUUAUAGAUCGGUUGGGAAAUUUCAGAACACUCCAAUCAGAAAAAUAACUUCAGGCCGGGUCUAAUGGAAAACAGUCAUGCAGCAAAGGAGGAGCAGUCUUAUGAGGAAUUUGUACCCUUCUGCAAUUGGCAGAAACAUGAAGAAUAUGACAUUCUUGAGAUUCAUUUACCAGGUUUCAGAAGACAAGAAAUUAGACUUCAAUUCAACGAUCUGGGUAUCCUAACCAUUAGCGGAAAGCAAGGUAGUGAUGGUGAUGAAAGUAGUACGACGACAUCUAUGCGCAGCCGCUUCCACAAAGAAAUGAAAAUUUCUAGGAAUUGCCGUGCCGACCAAAUCCGUGCCAAGUUUUCACGUGGAAUUCUUUCCAUAACUGUACCUAAGAAAGUUAUGAAGCUUUCGAAACAAUCAGCUGAGGAUUCUGAACAAUCAGCUCACAACUUAUUUGGCUUCGGAGGAACAGUAUUGAGGCCAAAAUUAAGCAAAGAGAACGCUCUGAAGAUGGUGGUGGUUUCUCUGGCAAUGGUUCUCGCGGGGUAUGCAGUAUAUAGGUUAUGCAUUAUAUAACAAUCCAAAGAUAGAGAUAUUGCAUACCCAAAAGUGAUUUAUUAGUUUUCAUACCCCUUUGUUUGUUUGUUGUAUUAUUAUCUUCUCUUUUCUAUAAAAUGUGUGGUUCGGUUAA